UUCAUUUCUUUCUGAGCUUCAAAAAUUCAAGAAAAUGACCUUCGAGAAACCACAAGAACUCACCGGCGAGAACAACUCCGACGGGUUUCUAAAGAACAAAGACGGUCACCACCGAACAAAGCAUCCGUCGAUAGACACAAACGAUACUUCUUCGAGCUACUCCGUCGAUUCUCAUCAGAAACCGAGGCUCAGGCCACCGUCUGGGACUUACGUCAUCGAAAUCCGUAAAGAUGAGAUUUACCGCGUUCCUCCGCCGGAAAAUGCUCACCGUUACGAGUACCUCUCUCGUCAGAAACCAAACCAUUCUCCUUGCCGGCGGUGUUUCUGUUAUUCCCUCGCCGCUUUGCUCAUCCUCCUCCUCCUCGCAGCGAUCGCCGGCGGAGUCCUCUACCUCGUUUACCGUCCGCAAAAGCCGCAAUACUCCGUGAGUGGAGUCUCCGUCACCGGACUCAAUCUGACGACAUCGUCUCCUAUCUCUCCGGUGAUCGGAGUUAAGCUGCGAGCUCAUAACGAAAACGGCAAACUCGGUUUAAUCUACGUUUUAGGGAACGAAGCUAAGGUUUUUUACGACGGGAUGGAACUUGGUAACGGCAAGUUCACGGCGUUUAAGCAGCCGGCGGAUAAUGUAACGGUGAUUACGACUGUGUUAAAGGGUUUGAGUCUCCAGUUAACGAAGGCGUCGCGUAAAGGGUUGACGGAAUCGCAGAAGAAAGGUCAAGUGCCGUUUGGGGUUAAAAUCAAAGCGCCCGUUAAGUUUAAGGUUGGCGCCGUUACGACGUGGACGAUGACCGUGACGGUGGAUUGCAAAGUAAUAGUGGAUAAAUUAACGGCAUCAGCAACUGUGAUAACGGAAAAUUGCGAUACAGUUGUGAAUUAUAUGAUGAGCUAAGUUUUAUUUUAUGCCUUAAUGAUGUGAUAUGUUUAUGAGCAUUUCAGAUUUUU